AUGUCGCUGGUUGUCAUGUUCGACCCUCCCAGGACUAGUUUCUCUUCAUCGGGACAAAAACAUAACAUGUGCAGCGACAAAACACCUCUCAGACACAGGCCCAUGCCUGGGUUGAAGCUACAGAUCUUCGAGGCGCUCUUUGGGACACAGGUCUCUCCAAGCAAUCUUCGUUAUCUCGGAGACUAUUUUGCGUUCUAUGUCGAAGAGAUUGGACUUCUGGGCAUCGGAAUCGGAACUCAGGCACGGCAAGCCGCUCGAGUUGCUGCCACGACGCAUGAAGACAUCAUGCAAAUUGCAAGGGCGAUCCGAGUUCACGCCGACGGCACCAGGCAAGAUUUGCAACGAGUGCUUCGAGGCAACUUCGCCGACAAGAGCGAGAAUGAGAUUGAGAAUGCGAUAAAUCUCGGCAUCCGCUUGUGCCUUUUGGUGAAUGUACGGGACAAGAGCCUCUCAUCACUGCGGUCUAGCACCCCUUGUGUGGUCUGGGCGGCGGACGUCCCGUUGAAACAGUUUCUGACCAGCCUAUUCCCGGUCCCACGCUACACGAGACUCACCGCAAAGGAGAGUAGACUAGAUCCCAAGUUCACCGCGACCAACAUGGUGAGAAUUUGCGGAUUGCGGAUUCGAUGGACGACCAGCCUAGAAGACCAUUUGUCUCUGGACAGAAGGACGAAGACGCUUUCCAUCUUCCCGCACAAGUUCGUCCUGCAAGCCAUGCUUGGGAUUGGCUCCGGUAGCAAACAACACCCAGUCCCUCUUCCGCAUUCCAUGCUGGCAGAGACAAUCUUGACGCUCGACCUGUUGUUUCCACCGUGGGAUCGAGACACGGAAGUCUUCCUCGAGGCGCAGGGACAGGCGUUCCAUCAAAUUGGAGAAUUCGACGCCCAUCGGACGCUCAACCUGUGGGAUUUUGUGCAUUGGCGAGACCGCGUCCUCGAGUUGUACGAAGAAGUCUUUCAGUCCCCGCCGGUGAGCUGGGCGCAGCUGUGGCGCGACAGGCGGAACCCUCAGCAAUUCUGGACGUUCUGGAUUGCACUUUUCAUCCUGGGCCUUACCAUCGUAUCCUGUGUCGCGACGAUGGUGCAAACAUGGGCCGCUGUGAAGGCGAUAGGACGACAAAGGUCUUGA